ACGAAAAUAAAAUAAUUUUUUUUGACGAAUUAUGAAAUCUUUGUGAUAACGGAAAACCAAAAAAAAGAUUCAGGAAUAUAUUUUUUUAAAUUUUAAUUAUGAUUCGUAAUAUUUCACCAAUUAAAACAAUUGUUAAUAUAAGAUCUGGAAUAAAAUGUCAACACACAAGCACCACAGUAAAACGAAUAGAAGAAAUUCGAGAAAGAUUAUCGAAAGGUCCAAGUUUUCAGGAUUUUGUUCAAAAUCCAGACUAUGGAACUGAAGAAUGGAAUAAAGAAUAUGAAGGAAAACUAAAAAGGGAAAAGGGGGAAAAUGAUCGUUUACCCUUACCUCCAUGGUUGAAAACUGAAAUACCAAAAGGAAAGAAUUUCAGUAAAAUCAAGGCACAAUUAAAGGAGCUAAAGUUGGCAACAGUUUGUGAAGAAGCCAGAUGUCCAAAUAUUGGAGAAUGUUGGGGUGGUGGAGAACAUGGUACGCAAACUGCAACAAUUAUGUUAAUGGGUGAUACUUGUACAAGGGGUUGUCGGUUUUGCUCAGUUAAAACUGCGCGAAAUCCUCCACCACUUGAUCCAACAGAACCUGUAAAAACUGCUACAGCGAUUGCAUCUUGGGGAUUAGAUUACAUUGUAUUGACAUCAGUCGAUAGAGAUGAUUUAAAGGAUGGCGGUGCAUCGCACAUAGCUGAAACAGUUAAAGAAAUUAAGAAAAGAAAUCCGAAUAUAUUUGUUGAAUGUUUAGUACCUGACUUUAGAGGAGACGAAAACUGUGUUCGAACUAUUGCAACAUGUGGCUUGGAUGUUUAUGCCCAUAAUAUUGAAACUGUUGAAAAAUUAACUCCAUUUGUAAGAGAUCGACGUGCCCAAUAUAGGCAAACAUUAAAAGUUUUAAAAGAAGCUAAGAGCGUUAACCCAAACUUAAUAACGAAAACCUCUCUAAUGCUUGGUUUGGGUGAAACUGACAAAGAAGUCGAACAAACAAUGAAAGAUUUAAGAGAAAUAGAAGUCGAUUGUCUUACAUUAGGGCAAUAUAUGCAACCAACAAAGAGACAUUUAAAAGUGGUGGAGUACGUAACCCCAGAAAAAUUCAAGCAUUGGGAAAAAAGAGGUAACGAACUUGGAUUUUUAUACACUGCUAGUGGUCCAUUAGUAAGAAGUUCAUAUAAAGCUGGAGAAUUUUUUAUAACGAGCAUUUUAAAGGGUCGUCAACAAAAUAAACAAUAAUUAGGAAAAUUUUUAGAUGUUAAAUACAUAAUUGAAUCUUUUGUAUGUGUAUAAAUUUAAAUGCAUGAUUUAUAUACAUUAAAUAUAUAUCUAUUAAACAAUAUCCAUAACAA